GCUUCUUAAUGUGCACACGAGCAACGUACCAAGUGCAUCGUGCACUUCCUCCGUUCAAUGCCUCGAGUCCCUUCGCAUGCUGUAGCAGGUCUGCUUCGAAGAUGCUACGCCACGCCCAUCAGCAAUGCGACGCGUCGCUCCCCGCGCCUCUCAACCCCACGGCAAUGCCAUAGCAGACUCAACCCACGCCUCAGCCACCUUCGAACCCUCCACUCCUCACGAAACAAUCACGCCAAUAACCCUCCCAGCCGUACUAUCGGCGAUCAAAUCCCAAAUGACUGGCUUCCGCCUCAUGACGCUCAGUACACUCAUGAGGACAAAUACAUACGAGAGGUACGGAGCUAUGACGAGGAAACGGGAAGAUAUGCGAUUAUAGGCGGCGGCAUUACAGGUCUUGCGGCGGCAUAUUGGAUCACGUCUUUCAGACCACAGGCGAAGGUUACCAUUUUUGAGGGGAGUGAGAGGUUGGGGGGAUGGAUUAGUAGUCGAAAGGUGAAGGUUGAUGGAGGCGAGAUUGUGUUUGAACAAGGUCCUAGGACUCUGAGGGGUGUGUCUACUGGUUCUGGACUUGCGCUUGCGGAUUUGGUGGGUAAAAUAAGUCGUGUUAGAAUGUCAGCUAAUGGAUGUUAUACAGAUCUGUGCUCUUAAAUUGGGGGAUGAGUUAAGAUUGACUUCCCAGCUUUCGGAAGCUGCGCAGAAUCGGUUUGUUUACUACCCUGAUCACCUCGUCAAGGUGCCCAGUAAAGACCAGGGAUUUCUGGAAAUUCUAUGGACUAUCUUCAUGGAGCCUGCUUUUAAAUGGUUACCUCGUUCCACGCUAAUGGAAUACUGGGUGGAUCCCCGACCUGCUACUUUGGAAGAUGAAUCUAUCGCCUCUUACUUGGAGCGGAGACUUGGUACGAAGGAUUGUGCCGAUAACUUGGCAUCGGGAGUCAUGCAUGGAAUAUAUGCUGGAGAUAUCAACCUGCUAAGUGUCAAGAGUAUCUUGCCCAGAUUAUGGCAUCUGGAGGGGUUUGCGGGUGGUAUUGUCAAGGGUUUGACAGCCUUGAAGGGUAGGAAGUUCGCUUGGGAACAUAGGGAUGGCCUCUUGGACAUGAACAUACUUUUGAAUGCCGACCGAGAGCUCUUGCGCUCGAUUACGCAAUCAAGCGUGUAUUCUUUCCAAAACGGAAUGGAAACACUUACAAAAGCACUUGAGAAGUUCAUACGAGCCAAUCCAAAUGUCACCAUCAAAACAGGAACCAAAGUUGAAAACAUCAAAUACCACGAAGCGACCAAAAAGGCUCAGGUAAGUGCCCCUUCUCUCGGUCUCAUAUUCAGCCUUCUCUAACCUCAACCUAGGUCUCAACACGAACCUCUCCCAACGCCACAUUCAAAAAAGCCAUAUCCACAAUCUCCGGUCCUUCCCUCGCCUCCAUCGUCACCAGCAAUAGACCUCAGCCUCUACAAUCACUAGCAUCCAUCCACUCCGUCACAGUAAUGGUAAUAAACCUCUACUUCUCAAACCCCAACCUCCUCUCUGUCCACGGCUUUGGCUACCUAAUCCCGCAAGGCGUGCCUUUCGACCAGAACCCGGAGCACGCUCUAGGAGUAGUUUUCGACUCAGACUGCAUCUCAGGCCAAGACACAGUCGAUGGAACAAAAUUAACUGUCAUGCUCGGCGGCCAUUGGUGGGAUGACUUCCCUUCUUACCCCACUGAAAGCGAAGGGUUGGAACUCGCUCGUUCGGUGCUCAAAAGACACCUUGGGAUUGAGGAAGAACCGAGUGCGGUCCAGGUUGGUCUCCACAAGAAUUGCAUCCCGCAGUACACCGUCGGUCACGAGGAGAGGUUGCGUCAAGCGCACUUUGAGCUCCUAGAGGAUUUCAAGGGGACGCUUGCGGUUGCAGGAAACAGCUUUGGGGGCGUGGGUGUGGCGGAUUGUGUGCGUGGGACGAGGGAGUUGUUUUUUAGGAGUGAUUUUACGAAGCCGGAGGAUCUUACGGGGUUGUCGAUGUUCGCGGAGACGCAGGAUAGAUUGUACGAGUACCCCGACCCGAAAUAUCCUUUCCGAGCAGGUCUGAAGCUAUGAGGAGAGGUGCUUGGUACAUAUCGCUGUACUGUGGAUUAAUGCGGAAAAGUAAAUAGCGGGUAGCUUGGUAGAAGUGAGCUUCCUAUGAUGGAAACGAUGAUAUCCUAUUUCUGUGUUUGGGUUGUCCUCAAUCUGCACAGCUAGAGAUCAGUAGAUAGCCUGGCUUUUCUAAAUCCAAGUAUCUACCAAUAAACAUAAACAUCCUACUUAAUCUCUACAAUCUACGCGAAAUCGGCUGAAUAUCAUUAUUAUCA